UAUGGACGACGGAUCUCCCCUGGAUGCCAAAUAUCCACUGCGGUUCCUAACUCCGCUCGGUACUAACCACAGCGCCUUGUGUAGCCACCACCGGCGCCGCAUUCACGAUCCCUUUCCCCUCGCGCUCCUCCCCUCGCCGCGACGAGUCCAAACCUGUUGCUUCCAGUGCGGUCCUCUUCCUCAUUCGCUUGCUCAUGUGUUCCAUUUCAAAGAAAAAUCUUUCCUUUUCGUUGUUCCUCGCGCUUUUCCGUGGUUGAGUCCGUGAUCGAAUAGGUUUCUGAUUUAUGGAUUUUUUUUUGCUGCAUCAGUCAGUCGAUUGGGAAUUUCAUGGAGCAUCUUGCUGUUUUUCGUGAUAAUGGUGUUUAUUUGAUCCCUUUUCAGCAAUUUCUCCCUUUUCAGUGAUCCACGUGCCUUUGCUAGUAGGUUUCUCAUUUCUGUACGUUUUGUGGUUUUCGCUUGGGAAUUUUGUCGAGUUUUCUGUUGGUCUUGCUUUGAUCUCGGUGUUUCUUGUUUUUGUGUUUGGUGGCCGUGUCGUUUGUUUGAUCCCUCAUCAAUAGUUUCUCUCAUUACGGUGAUCUGCGUGCUUUUGCGUGAUUGAACUUGCCACCCGAGCACCUUUCUCAUUUCUCGACAUUUUGUGGCCGCAUUACUCGCCCGGAAAUUUAGCCCAGCAUCUGGUGCUCUUGGUUUGAUCGCUGUUUUUGUUGAUAAUGCUGUCUGUUUCGUCCCUUCUCAGCAAUUUAUCUCCUUCCACUGAUCCGCGUGCUUUUGUGUGUCUGAACGUGAUAUGCGAGUAGGAUUUGAUGUGUUUGUACUUGUAUUCCUCAUUAGGGAAUUCCGUCGAGCACCUGGUGGCUCAGUUUGGUCGUUGUGUUUCUUGAUUAAUUUGUUUAUUUGAUCUCUAAACGCGUGUUUCUUUUUACUCAUGGGAAACUCUCUAUUCUUCUCACCAUCUCAGUUCUCAAUCUCACAUUUGGAAUGAGUUUAUUUUUAUUUUUUAUUUUUAUUUUGUUUUCUUUGUUCUAAGCGAUAUCUAUAUCUAUAUAUUAUAUAUUAUAUAUUUUUUGGGUCCACAGUACUGUGUUUUCUUGAUCACUCUUACAAUGUUUUUUACAAACAUUAUAAAUAGAAUAACCCUUGUAUACAAAUAUCUGGAUGUUAAUGAGAGUGUGUUAUUCUACAAUCCCUUAUGAUUAUACUUCGUUCAUAGGUAAUGUCUAGUAAUUAAGUCAUUAUGAUAUAUUUUUUCUUCUGCUCUUGAUGCUCUUUUUGCAAUUACCUUGCAUGAGACUUUUGGCAGAAUGAUACAUCAAUCAAUUGAAUUCAAGGACAGUAAAAUCCAAUUGUCACAUAAUUUCCCUAGGUUUGGGGCAAGUUUUUAUGUGUUUGUUAUUAAUUAAUUAGCAAAUAACCUAGCUUGCCGUAUAGAAUCUCCAUGAUAUGUACUCGAGGUAUUUUCCUAAAUUAGUUCAGAACAUUUAUACACAAAAACUUAUUCCAAAAGAGUUGCAUUCAGAUAUGCAAUGCAGAAAAUGUGCUAUCUUGUAGCUUUUUACUGAUUAACUUUGAUUUUCAUGACUCCAGAUGUUGGUAAUUUGUGUGUAAUAUUUUUUGCUGGGAAAAUACUUGAUGCAGGUUCCACUCUUUUAAGAAUGUCACUAUCUGUUUUCUUUGGAAAUCUUCAUCAAUUGCUGAACAACCUGGGCAGCAAUUCAACUAUCAAGUUUCUCAAGCUCCAAUAUUGCACUUGUAAACAAUUUCAUGUUUGGAGAUACAAUCGACAAAAUUCAGCACCAGUAAAUGAAGCAAGAUUUGGACUGCAGAGUUCUAUUGCAACAUGUAACAACCCUCUGUCAAAUCUUCAGAAUGAAUUGGUGUCUGUCAGAGCUUGGUCAAGUAAAACUACCAGGUUGAAGUCGAGAAAGUUAUCAACAAACAGAGCUACUCCACGUAAAAUUGAGAAACUAAUAGUGAGGGCAUCAACAAAAAAUAGCAAAAAUCAGACAGAGCUUCUUCAACCUAAAACUGUUAAUUGUAAUGGUUUCCAACAAAGUACUGCUGUUAGGAAAGCUAUAGAUUGGCCUGCGACUAUUCUUGUUUUUGACAUUGAAACAACAGGGUUCAGUCGACAAUAUGAAAGGAUCAUUGAGAUUGCAAUUCGCGAUCUUAUUGGUGGCAAGGACAGUACUUUUGAAACACUUAUUAAUCCGAAGAAACCUGUAUCAAAUACAUAUGUCCAUGGAAUUCAAUAUGAUAUGGUUAACCGGCCUGAUGUCCCAACGUUUAGAGAGCUAGUUCCUAUCCUCCUGCAAUAUGUUCGGAGUCGCCAAAUGCCUGGAAAACCUGUUAUAUUGGUCGCCCACAAUGCGCGUCAGUUUGAUGUACCAUUUAUCACCAAUGAAUUCCAGCGCUGUUCGAUGGAUAUUCCUGAAGACUGGGGAUUUCUCGAUACUCUUCCUCUUGCACGUCAAUUGGUAAUGCCAGACGGUAUACAAUCGAUGCAAUGCCUUGAUUUGGAUCCUUGCCCGUUGAGGGAAGGGCGCUCUCUUUCUAGUGUACUUGUUCGGUAGCAAGGCAGACGAGGGGUUGCGACUGAGGACUGAGGAUGGGAUCUUUAUGAAUGGAGAGCUGAGCUACAAGGAUUUCAGGCCCUUCAGCAUCCAGGUCUUGAGCAUUUGUGUUUUGAGCGUAGGAAGGAUCAUGAGUAGGAGGAAACCUCAUGCCCACAAGGAAGAAUUUUGUAUUGGUGUUGUUUUUGUGUCUUGGAGUGAAAGAGGAACCGUUAAUCUCAGCUGUGUCAGGGGCACUCGGCACGACACGACUUUAAUCCUUGCCAGUGAUAGGCAAGUUGACAUGCUUAACCUGUCUAAUCAAGGUUGCAGUAACCACAAUUAAUGGGAAUCACAUAUUAAACAUUCA